GGUUACACGACCCGACUCUAAACCCAGCUAAAAGACCCGCCAUAUAUCCCGAUGAACACCUAAAACCCCCAAAUCGAUUUUGAAAGCAUAAGAACCCUAAAAUCUUAUUUUUCGUACCAACUAGACCUGCGAUACAUCCCUAUUCAUCGUUGAAGAAGAUGAGCCAUGAAUCCGGAGCUUCCAGUGGAACAUCAUAUUCUGGAACUCGAGGAAGAGGUAUCGGCGUACCGAGGAGAUGUUGGUGUGGCGAUCAAAUUGUGGCAAAGAUCUCCAAAUCCGAUGCGAAUCCGUACCGGAGAUAUUAUCGGUGUGCUUAUGCUGUCGCACAGAAGCUUACAAAUGAUAAGCACGAUUUCAAGUGGGUGGACGAGGCUUUGCUAAAUGAGAUAGAGGCAUUGGGUUCUCGAGCAGGAAGACUUGAAGAUGAGUUAAAGCAAAUAUGCAGAGAACGAAUGGAGCUUGAGAAGAUGAUGUUUGAGAAGAUGCAAAUGAAACUAGAGCAAGAGAUAUUUGAGAAAGUGGAAGAAGCACUUCUUGAAACCAAAUCGAACUUGAAGAAAAUGAUGGCUGUUGUUUGUUUUGGGUGUCUGGUCAUUGUUUGUUGCAGUAAACUAGUCGGUUGAGUUUGUUGUGUUGCUGUGUCGUUGUGUUGCUGUGUCGUUGUGUCAUUUAUGUUAUGGGAUCAUUCAAAAAAAUCCCACAAGACAUCAGUGUUGUUUGUUGCACGUUGUUUU